GCGGAGGGCGGAGAGCGGAGAGCGGAGGGAGGGAGCUGCUGAGAAGAGAUUGUUUGGGAGCGUCACAGCGGGGCCUGCUGGCCUUUUCGGCUUUUGGCUCUGCGAGAAGCGGCUCGGCCCGGCCAUGAGCUGCCGGGGGGCGCUGCCAAGCGAGCGGGGAGCUCGGCAGAGGAAGAGGAGACGAAUUGGCAUAGAGGAGGAUGUCCACAUCCCACAAACAAAACGCAGUAGCCAAAAUGCUGUUUUUCAUGACUCCUGGGAUACAGAGUCCUCCAGCAGUGAGAGCGGGAGCACCAGUAGUUGCAGCAGUAGCAGCAUCAGCAGCCCUGACAGAGCUAGUGGGCCGGAAAGCAGCCUACACCACAUAAUGCCAGGAUCAAGUCCUGUGACCCCUCCUCAGUCUUUCCAUGAGCAGUCUGCACUAUGCCAAGGUCCUUACUUCCACAUCAACCAGAUCCUGAAGGAGGCACACUUCCAUAGCUUACAGAGCAGGGGCCGUCCUCCCACAUGAUGAGCCUAGCAGUUCCCUGCCUUCUGUGAAGGGGGACAGCACUGUGUGAUGGGGAUAUUUCAACUUAAAAGUUUGUUAAAAUUGCACAAAAUGCCUGUUGCCUUUUCAGUCUGUAUUUGGAAUAACAGGUUAACAGGCAAUUGUUUACUUGUGGUUU